GUUUGAUGUUCCUUCAAGGUUUGAUGUUCCUUCAAGGUUUGAUGUUCCUUCAAGGUUUGAUGUUCCUUCAAGAAUUGAUGACGUUGCUGUUUUAAGAUUCGAUGAUAAUGUUGCUUCAAGAUUUGAUAAUGAUGUUGCUUCAAGGUUUACUGAUGAUGCUACUUCAGAAUUAUUAUAUUGA